AUGAACUUGUGUUUUGUUCGGAAUAUUAUAUAUAUUUUCAAAAGUAGCAGUAGAAUGUCGUCUUCAUCGUUGUCAUCAUUAGUACCUCGUGGCGUUCGUGGUAUGAAAAUUCUUGAUCGCAAAAAUUUUUCACGUUACAUAAAAGUACCGAUCUUAAAAGUAUCUGAUGAAUAUUUAUCCAAGGUUACGCAAAUAUGCAAAGCUUAUUUUUUGAAACUUGAAAACUUCAAACCUGUACAAAAUGUUCCGGGAACCAUUGAAAAUUCCAGUAAAUACAUUUAUUUUGACCCUGACAAAGUUGAUAAAUGGAGUGACAUCGCAAAAGAAGACCAAACUAAACUGGAUAAUUAUGACAUAAAUGAAAAAGACUUUGAUAAACACGAAAUCCAGCUUACUUAUGACAAUUUCAAGUAUGAUCAAAUUUUCAAAUCAGUUUUACCAGAAAAUGAAGAAAUAGUUAGUGGGUUUUCACAAAUCGGUCACAUAAUCCAUCUUAAUCUUCGUGAACACUUGUUAGAGUAUAGUCAGCUAAUUGGUCAAGUGUUGGUUGACAAAAUUAAGACUUGCCGCACUGUUGUCAACAAAAGUAAUAUUAUUGAUAAUACAUAUAGAAACUUUGCUAUGGAAGUUAUAGCGGGUGACGAAGAUUUUAUGGUCACAGUGAAAGAAAACAGAUGUAACUUCACCUUUGACUUUUCAAAAGUAUACUGGAAUCCGAGACUUUGCAAAGAACAUGAGAGAAUAUUGGAAUUACUCCAAUCGGGAGAUGUGCUCUUUGAUGUGUUUUGUGGAGUUGGACCUUUCGCUAUACCUGCAGCAAAAUACAAAUGCAGAGUAUUUGCUAAUGAUCUAAACCCUGAAUCCUUCAAAUGGCUGAACCAUAAUGCAAAAAUAAAUAAACUUAAUAUGAAUAACUUUAAAUCAUACAAUAUUGAUGGUAAGGAUUUCUUGUGUAAUAACUUCAAGACUUUUAUUAUUGAUUGCUGCAAUGGGACUGACAAGCUGGAACCAAAAGCAAAGAUACACUUAACCAUGAAUUUGCCGGCCUUAGCUGUAGAAUUUUUAAGGCAUUUCAAAGGACUUAUCAGUGAAAAUGAGGUGAAAAACAAACUAACCAAUGAUAUUAUGGUAUAUGUAUACUGCUUUGCUACCGGUGAUGAUCCUUAUUUAGUAGCUAAGGCUAUGGUAAUUGACAAUCUAGGAGAAAAUUCCUCAAAGCAUAUUCUAGAUGUUUUUAAAGUCAGAAAUGUAUCACCAAAAAAGGAAAUGAUGAGAGUUACACUUAAAAUAAAUGAUAUUUUAUUUCAAUCAGAUGCUGAAGCAACUUCUGAACCUCCAAACAAAAAACAGUGCUUGGAUUCAUGA